AUGUCGUUCGGGGUCAGUGUUGGCGAUCUCUUAGCCAUCAUCAGGUUGGCAAAAGCGACAGUCGAGGAUUGCCGCCAUGCACCAAGUGACUUUGCAGAGGCAUCCAGGAUUUCCCAGAGCCUUUGUCUUUUGCUGGAGGGAGUGAAGACCGAGUUCGACAACGCUGACUCCCUGCUGCACAAAGAUGACCGGGCUGCCACAGACUUCGCGCUUCAUUUCAAGAACUGCGAGAACUCGUUGAAGCCGCUGUCGGCGCUUAUCAGCAAACACAAGGGUCUUUCAGGCCCGAGCGUCCGCCUGAUGGACCGAAUGCGCUUUCCCAAAACGGACUAUCUGGAACUCGGUGGCAACCUUGCAUUCUACACUGCUCGUCUGUCUGAAUUACUACAGACUGUCGGGCUAGGGUCUCUCGGAAGAAUAGAACAAAAGGUGGAGUUAAUCAAAGACCAGCUGCCGAACAUCAUGAGUAAACUCGACCAAAUGUGCGCCGAGUUCCGCAUUGUCGGGGAUAGAGAAUCAGUGCUGUCAGAUCAUACCGACGACGAGAAAUUCGUGUGGAAGACAUUUCGGAGACGACUGCUCCACGAGGGGUUCACAAGCCAGGAUUUGAGCUUGUUUGGCCCAGAGAUCUUUCUCAGGCUCCGAGAGCUUUCCGACUGCGGCUUGUUCGAGGCUGAUGGUUCCAGCUCGGCUUGGACGGAUGAUGCGCCUCCGGUUUACCAAAUGCCGUUCUCAAAGAAGACGUCAACUACCGUGGGAAGCGACACGGAGUCUGAGCAUAGUAUUACUCCCAAGCCAUCCGUCAGCAAUCUGCGUUCCAAGAAGUCGACAGACUCAGAGCGGUCGCUGAGAAGGAGAGCCUCUGGACCAAUCCAUCUUGAUCAUGGUGGGAAAACACCACAAGCCGCUCAACGCAGAUCAACCGUUGCCCAGGCGGAGAGCGGGUAUGAAGCUGCCUCCUCAAACAGCUCCUGUUUUACAUCCUCUUCUGCACAACGCGUGUGGCGCAAUGCGAAAGGCGAAGAAAUACCAAAGGACGUUCUCAUUCCCUGGUCGAAUCUGGGUGAAGGUGAUAUGAGCUACGUGAACUUGACCUAUGGAUCCAUCACGGCAGAAAGAACGUCCUUGGACUCUGAGAUCGCACCAGGCCUGGAGAGGCAGUAUCCACCGAGGAACCGCUCCUCCUCGCCAAGCCAUUCUGUGACCAACCAGAAGGAUGCGCAGGGAAAGGAAGGAGUCGUUGAAGUUCCUCGUCGGAGCCGGCCUAAAAUCCUCACCGGCCGCAGAACACGUUCGAGCGUCAAAUGGAAGUAUCGCGAGCCUGGCUCGCCUCUACCGGAGCCGGCGCCGUUUGCAUUCAGGGCAGCAUUCACAAGUGAUCUUCUGCCAAGUGCUGCUGGGAAGGGUGAUCUUCCCCGUGUUAAGCGGCUUCUAGACUCCGGUCAUCACAUAGAGUGCAAAGGUCCUGUAUCGUACACCUCAUAUUACAGUGACGGCGAGAGCAGCCACCGAACAAGGCACAGAUACCCGGAAACUACGGCGUUGUAUCGAGCUGCGUAUGCUGGCCAUCUCGACGUCGCACAUUACCUACUCAAAAAAGGCGCCGAUGUCAACGCACGAAACGGCUACGAUGGAAAAUCUGGUGAUCCGAUUUUGUUCUAUGUGAUUCGGUAUGGGCAGGAGUGGACUACCAGGUUGUUGCUAGAAUAUGGCGCCAGUUUGGACCCAUAUGGCCCUACGAUGGUGCUACACGUUGCAUGCGGCCAACCGAAGCGCAGCAUUGUCCGACUUAUUCUGGAUGCGGGAGCAGACAUUGACGCAAAGGAUCAUUUGAGCCGGACACCACUAUAUCUCGCCUGCGUGGGCGGUUUUAUCCGAAGCGUUGAGAUGCUGCUCGAAGAGGGCGCGCGGACGGAUGUCAUUGCCGAACAAGGACAGGCUCCACUCUACAAAGCUGCCGGGAAAGGCCAAGAGGAAAUCGUCGAAGUUCUGCUCAGGUACGGGGCAGUCCCGGAUCUGGGCCGCGGACGACUCGGGGAGACAAUACUAUAUAAGGCGGCGUGGUACAACGAGCUUGAUGUUGUGGAUCAUUUGAUCACUUUCGGGGCUGACGUCAACAUCAAGAACAGCAAGAAGAUGGAGUCGUACAAAGACAGCAAGGAGAAAAUCCUGCAUGGUGUCCUGGCGGGGCUCUUAAAGGACCAUGCCAUGAUGAAUGGCUGGGGAAAGACCGCGCUGCACGCCGCAGCAUUCCGAGGCCACCAGGAGAUGGUCAGGGUGCUGCUCGAUGCCGGCGCUGAUAUCGAAGCCACCGGAAAUAACAAGGUAAGGCCGAUGUAUCUGGCAGCACAACAGAAACACAAAGGCAUCGUCCAAAUGUGCCUGAGGGCUGGAGCGCAACUCGAGACCGAGAAAACUGAGCCUGUUCUGGCCCUCAUCAAUGAGAGGAACAAGGAGACGGCAGCACCGGCCAAAGGAGUUGUUCGACUGGGAGAGAGGGACAUGGAUAAGAUGGGCACUUCUGAUAGUCUGGUUGGCUUGGUGGCCGGGAUAACCAAGAGCUGGGCCAUGGCAAGACGCGGACUCAAAGAGUGA